CGCAUUUAAAGACUUGCGCCAUUAGGCCGAGAUCUCUCCUCUGGUGUCAUGCCAUUGCAAGCGGAAUGGGCCUCUCAUUUCUCCUAUCGUGGCGUGUCAGGAUUCAAGUCUCAUGGUAUAGCAGCAUACGAUCAUCAUUUCGGGACCUUCGCGCCCUUCCGAUAAUUGCGAGGAACUGCUCAUCAAAUGCGAAACAGAUCAUUACUCCCAAGGUAAAUAGCCUUGGGGAGACGAUCCUCAUCAAUGAAGACCUGCAGCUUCCCGGCUAUGCCUUUGUACCCCUUAAAAAUAAAUUUAUGCUUCGUCAAUGCCGCAGAUUGAUACGUGCAUCCAACGACAGUAGGACUGUAUUCGUUCAGCAUGCAUCCCCACGACAGCCUAACGAUCUCGGCCCUGAGCUAGGCAUCUAUGCCCCCUGUGAAAUUAUAGCGCAAGUUUCUGCAGAGUUCGCGAAACUCACUGCCCUACUUGAUAGGACGAUAUGGAAGAAGUGGGAGCAUGAGUAUCCCCAAAUGCCAGCGGCGGAUAAGUCGCUGUUGCAACGACUUGUUUCGGAGAAGAAUGCAGACGCCGUCGCGAAGUGUUCGACACAUGUGGCCCAGUCUACGCUUUGGGGGUAUGUCAGCCGUACAUACACGUCGGAUGAACAUCUUGUUCUCUCAACCGCGAGGAAUCCUAAAGCAGCCCUUCGGAUGCGUGAGAAGAUUGAUGGCGUGUUGCAGUCGUGGCGUGGAUGAAUACUCUCUACUUUGUUCUCCCAAUUUUAUUGUAGGGUAGAAUCUGGUCUAGUGGCGUCUGUCUUUCUUGCGAAGCCUGCGGUGCAUAUAUAUGAUUACGAUGGAUCAACCGGAGGGGGACAAUAUGCUCCCAAUAUGUACGAUAUUGGAUCAGAACGUAAUUUCUUGGCUUGGUAUCUUGCGUAGAAUCGUCACCUGUGAAACAGCGAUUUUCAAAUAAAAAUUCCCGGCGAGAAAAGUGUCGUAAGAACACGCUGAAUUUUGAAACUCGACUUAGCUGACAGCUAUCUGCUGGAAGGUCAUACAACGCUAGGGUAGAUCGAAAUUGAGGACAUUGAGGAGGGGGCUGUACAAAUCUAACGCUCGCCAACAGCACAUCAACUAAAAUAACUAGGAGAACAAUGUGCCGGCAUGGGCAAAACAGAGUUUACGCAACUAUAAACAACGAAGGCAACUCCCCUAGAGGCGCACAAGUCUGGACGCGAGGAGCUGGCCAGUGAAAACCCGCACAGAACAAUAUGGGGCAUAUAUGUCCAAUACGAUAUAUAGUUAGUUAGCGGAGCGCUUGGCGCCUGGUAGAUAGAAACAGCCAAUAUUAGGUUAAUCUCGCCUUGAGAUCUUCAAUUUCAUUCGUCAAGAACUCGAUCUGUCGCGUCUGCGCAGCAAUUGUUCGGCCUUGUUCUGAAAUCAAGCUCUUUAACGAGGAUAACU